AUGGGAUUCCGUUGCUUUAACUGGCGUCUCGUCAUCUUCUUCGUCCUCUCCAUGGGGUUCCAGGGCGAGCUGGCUGGAGCUCACGGAAGACGGCAGCUGGUGCAAAGCCUCGAGGCGGCGGAUGAUGGGGUGUGCACCGCCGUGGUGAGCCCUCAGGGUUACGAGUGCCGAGAAUAUGAGGUGAAGACGCAAGACGGGUACAUACUGACCAUGCACAGGAUCCCACAAGGAAGAGGAGGCGGCAGCGCGGGCAAGAGGCAGCCGGUGCUGCUCCAACAUGGAGUCCUCUCGGACGGGUUGACAUGGCUACUGAAUCCACCUCGACAAUCGCUGCCUUUCGUACUUGCAGACAACGGAUUCGAUGUAUGGAUUACACACGGCAGGGGCACCAGGUGGAGCCGUCGCCAUGAGUCUCUCAAAACAUCGGACACGGCUUAUUGGGCGUGGUCAUGGGAUGAGUUGGCCAGCUAUGAUUUGCCUGCUACUGUGGGUUUCGUAUUCCGGAAAACUGGGCAGAAGCUGCACUAUGUUGGUCACUCCAUGGGAACUCUGACAGCUCUAUCAGCAUUCUCCGAG